UGUCCUUCACGCCGAUCACAUCCUCCAUCGUCGUCAUUUUCACCAUCGAACCCACCACCGUACACCUCCGCGCGAUCUCUCUCUCUCGCGUUCUCGUUCCUUUUCCUCAAUCUCAGUGAAUCCGUUCGACAUCGACUCCUCUCCUCUCCUCACCUCACCCUUCGUCCCUCGACGACCGACCGACCGACCGACCGACCGACAACCCGAUGCGAAGAUGAGUUCCGCGUUCCCACCCGGCCUCGACCUGGCCACCACCCCCCUCGGCCCGCCGCCGCCGGGCGUCGCCCCCGACUUCGACGCGCAAGACUCCGCGCCUUCGAUCCGCAUCCUGUGCAUCGUCCUGUUGGUGCUGAUCACGCUGUUCACCAGCGCGCGCGUGUACACCCGCGCCGCCGUGCUCAAGUCGUUCGGCUGGGAUGACGCUUUCCUCGUCCUGGCCUGGGCCUCGGUCGUCGUGCAUAUGACUUUCAUCCUGCUCGUCCUAAGAGAUGGGUUCGGCAGACAUAUCUGGAACAUCCCGCUCUCCGUCGCCCCCGAGCUGUUCAAGAACUUCUUCGUGCUCGAGGUCUUCUCGUGCGUCGUCUACCUCAACCUCAAGCUCGCCUUCCUCGUCACCUACCGACGCAUCUUCGCCCCGGCCGCGGUCUACAAGUGGGCCAUCAACGCCGGCAUCGUCGUCGUCACGCUCUUCUACGUCGGGUCCUUCUUCUGGCUCAUCUUCAAAUGCCAGCCCAUCGCCAAAUCCUGGAACCCGUUCCUCGACGGCACCUGCGCGGACGAGUUCGUGCCGGGCGGGGAGACGGGCAUCUUCAACGUCAUCUCCGACGUGUACAUCCUGCUGCUGCCGAUCCCCAUGAUCUGGAAGCUGCAGACCGACGUCAAGCGCAAGGUGCAGCUCCUGACCGUCUUCUCCGUGGGGCUGUUCGCGACCAUCACGAGCAUCAUCCGCCUGGCGCAGACCAUCACCCAGGCGAAGAACCCCGACUCGACGUACGCGCUGGGACAGGUCAUCAUCUGGGCCGUCCUCGAAUACUCCGUCGGUCUGAUGGUGGUCAGCACCUUCGUCUUCACCGCGCUGUGGAACCAAGUCCUCCGCGAGCCUCUCGUGCGCUGCUGGUCGACCCUGACCUCUCCGCUGCUCAGCAGCAGCCGCGGCGACGGCAACAGCAGCAGCGGCGGCUCCUGGUCGAUGCGCAGCGGCCGGGCCGGCAAGACGGCCCACGGCUACGGCUCCUACGCGACCGCGACCCGCGUGGGAGGGCGCGACGACGCGCGCUUCGAGGGGGCCUCCGACCUGGAGUCCGCCAGCCGCAGCAGCGCGAAGCGGGAAGCCGACCGCAGCUGGGCGGACGAGGAGGACGGCACGGCGCCCACCCCGCCCUCGCCGCGGGGCGACGCCCGCGUCGUGCAGAGGGACUGGGCGGCGCCCGCCGAUCAGCGCAUCACGGCGACGACGACCACGACGGUCUCGGUCCGCACGAGGGAGCCGGCGGAGGACGACGACGACGAGAGGCACCUCUUCGACGGCAUCCCGCGGGGCAACAGCCGGACGAGCACGCUGGUGAACCAGUGAUGGAUUCGUGGUCCAUGCGACGAUUUACGACGGGAAGGGCAUGACAUGACGAUGGGUUCGGCGUUUUGGGGGGGACUUUUACUGGACGGUUCUUUAUGUAUUUGAAUGAUACCUCUUCUUCGAUUCUGACGAUGUGAUGAGUCCGCGCGAAUGGUGGCCGUGAAAGUCCUGAGUCCGGUGGAGUGCAUUUUCGGGAAACAUCACGUCUGAUCUGACCCCGCUGGGUUAUGUACCUCUUCGUCUCAUCUACCUCGAAUGAGAUAUUCGAACGCAUCACGUGACCCGCUGGGGUGAAGGCGACUUGCACCAGGGACAGACAAGCCCUUCCGGUCGUCCACAAGGCCCACGCCGGCGUGACCAAGGGAGCUCA